AGUGUGCGCGCUGGUUUGGCGUGGUGCUGAGGGUUCAAAUUUGAUCAGCUUCUACGAUGACUCCUGAAAAGACUAUUGAAGAAUGCACUGAGGAUGCAGGUUCACCAGCAGUAGAAACUCCUGCUGGUGCCUCUGCUGACACCAGUAGCCUUGGUGUGGCUGAAAUCAGCAGCCAUGAUGUGGCUGACACCAGCAGCCAUGCUGUGACUGACACCAGCAGCCAUGCUGUGGCUGACACCAGCAGCCAUGGAGUGGCUGACACCAGCAGCCAUGGUGUGGCUGAUGUGAGCAGCCAUGGAGUAGCUGAUGUGAGCACAGUGUCCGUAGACAGCACCAAUGGUGAACAUGACCCCUACUUUGAACCUGUCGUCACUUUGCCUGAGGUUGAUAUCAAAACACUUGAGGAAGAUGAAGAAGAAAUCUAUAAAGGGAGAUGCAAACUAUUUCGUUAUGUGAGUGAUGCUGAAAAUGGAGGUGAAUGGAAAGAGCGAGGUACUGGUAAUGUUAAGCUGCUGAAGCACGAGGAAAAGACAACAGUUCGCCUGUUGAUGAGGCAAGAAAAGACCCUGAAGGUGCGGGCAAACCACUACAUCACGCCUUACAUGAAGCUACAUCCCAACUGUGGCAGUGACAGAGCCUUCGUCUGGUAUGUCAUGUUUGACUUCGCUGAUGAAGAAGCCAAAAGUGAAAUGUUUGCAAUUCGGUUUGCAAAUGCCGAAAAUGCUCGGCUGUUCAAGGAAGCAUUUGAAGAUGCCGUGGCUUAUGUUGUGUCUACAAUAAUGGAUGGUUUCCCUGACGAUGGAGAGGAAACUACCAAAAACUUGAACGAUGGCGUGAAGACUGACAAGGAGAAUUCAUGUCCUGAAAAACAAGAAUCAGGCAAGCAGAUGGAGAAACCCAAAUCUGAACUCCCAGAGAAGUCGAAGACAGCUGAUUCGGCAUCUACCCUGAAAGAAAUGUCAAACACUACGGAGUCUCAAAUUGUUGACCGUCUUAGUUCUUUGCAAGUAACCGACGAGUCAACUGUUAAAUCCACAUCUUCUAGUUAGUUACACAUUGCUUGACUGUGCAAGGAAAUUAUAAUUCCGCUCUCAGUUUUAAUGUUUGAGAGAACACAAUGUUGGAUCAGAAAAGUUACUGACUUACUGUAUUAUGUAUGUAUGCGUAAGGAGCAUAGGUAUUUUUUGAUUGGAAGCUACUAUUCUUGUACUCGUUUUAUAUGUAAGUUUGUCUGGAUAGCUGAUGACUGACAAGGAAAAUAACAAAAAAGCUACUGAUAAUGGCAUUUGUUAAAGUAUUCCAAAGAAAAGUUGUUAAUGAACUCAAGUUAAAAUUUGAAGUAGAACGUCCUCUUUGUUGAGUGUGCACCGUUAUGUGGAAUUUUUUUUAGAAACGUUAUUAUUUUAGGAAAGCCUCUUAUGCCUAUGUAUUUGAAAGCAAGGUAAUAUUUCUGUUGAAGAUUGGAAUUUUUCAGUGCUUCGUUUCAGAUGUUUAAUUUAAUUUAAUCAAGGGAUUUGUAUAAUUUUGUUUCAUCUUCUUGAUUAGGACUGUUUGCCCUUGAUUCGUUGCCACUGAACUGAACUCCUACUACAGGUAUUUAUAAAUGCGCCUUGCAAAGUUUAUGAGCCCAUUGGCAUUGUGAAUUAUGUUUAGUCAACUAUUUCUAGUUGCUAUCUUGGGGAAUUUAUUUUCUAUAAAGUAAAAAGUCAAGUAUUUGAGUGCAUUUUGUUGGGAUCGGAAUGCCUAAAUAUAGGUAACGAAGCGUUUGACGUGAAUUUAUUGACAUGACACAUAACUUGUCAUGAGUUGUGAUCGGUACCACUGAAAGGACGUAGCGAGGCCUUAGUUUUUUAGGAUAGUGCGUAGAGUUUUCACUUUUUAUACAGCUUAAAGUUAUAAAAAAUAGAAGCGUGAAUGAAUCGAAACUUGAUAGUUUCCGUUCGCUUCUUUAAACACCGACACCCUUGUUCCUUGCAGUUUAAAGUGCUGAAUCUAUUAACAUUUUUGUAAUAAAUAAUGUGCCUUAGUGCUCAGUCUGCGUGUGAUAGUUUGCUUAUACUGCCAAUAUCGAACAUUGUUAAAUUACGAUGCAUAUGGUUUCUUUAAAGUCGCUGAUUGGGUAACUUCUAUUUUUCAUCGUGAAUUUCUAAAUACUUAUAAUGGCAGUUUUGUUCAUCAUAAAUAUUAGUUCCCAGAAUAUAGAAUAUUUUUUGUCAACUCGUAUAUCCGCAAUCAUAGAUGAUUCUUAAAAUGUAUUUUGCGUCUGCUAACGCACGCACUGUGCUGUUCCUGAAAUGUUUGAUAUCCGCUUAGCUAAGUCGUAUCAAGCUUGGCUCGCUUCUAAAUGUGGUACCUGGUAGACAAACGUUUUUCUUACACACUUUCAUAGAUGACAUAUAUUCUAGAAUAAUAUGUGUUGCCUGGCUGCUUAUGAGCGAUGAGAUCUCUCAAUUAAAAUUGCAAGUAAUAUUCGUUUAUGGUAAGUUUCAAUUCUUUUAUUCAUUUUUAUGAAUAUUAGGCUGUGCGUUCUUUUGAGAUCUGAAUUUUGUUGGUGCGGCAAUAGCAUAUUGUUGCUUGUGAUUAAAAAUAUCUGAAGAAACUCCGUAAAGUAGGCCUAAUUAUUCCGAUAAAUUGUAGUAAUGUUGAAAUUGACGAACUAAGCUUCGAUAUGCUUUCUAAAGUUAUUUUCUUUUCGGGCAUUAGUUGAUGGUAUAGUUAAAAUUUGAUUUAGGCAAUUGUAAUAAGUUGCCUAAUAAAGAAGUUGUACGAUAGUGCGGCGUUACUCAUUCAGCGGACCAUACCAUAUACCAUGAACUGGUAUGGUAUAUACCAUGAACAUACCAUAUAGGUCAUGAACCAGGUGAUAACUGGACAUGAUAUAGGUCAUGUCCAGUUAUCCAAUUUAACGUAAAGGCUAAUCUACCAUUCUGCGCGGAAUCAAAAUAAGCUGUUGAUGUUCUAAAACUUCCGCUCGUUUUUAAUAAAAUGAAAUUUAU